AUGGCGAGGAAAUGCUUCGCCCAAGGGUUGAAGAAAAGCAAACAAGCGCAGUUUCUCCCUGUGAGCCAGGCAGAUCUGAAGGAGCAAUCAAAGCGUCAGGACCAAGCCGAGGAAAUCUGUCCAGAGGUUUUUCCUGAAGAAGGAUGGAAGCCCGAGGAGGACGUCGAGUUAAUACCCUUGGAUCCUGACCAACCAGACAGGAAAGCGCAGAUCGGCUCGCUCUUAGGCCCAGAAGAGAAGGUGGAGCUGAUCACCUUCCUGCAGAACAACAAAGACAUGUUCGCAUGGUCGCCAUCAAACAUGCCUAGCGUCGACUCGAACAUCAUCUGUCACCAACUCCAUGUCAACCCUACCUGUAGGCCAGUGGCGCAGAAGAGACGCAACUUCGCACCUAAGCGAGUCGCUAUUAUCGAAGCCGAGAUUGACAAACUCCUAGCUGCCGGCUUCAUCGAAGAGGUCUCCUACUCAGAGUGGCUUGCCAACGUUGGUCUAGUGGCAAAACAAGAGAAGGGCAAGUGGAGAGUCUGCGUCGAUUACACAGACCUCAACAAAGCAUGCCCAAAAGACAACUUCCCAUUGACGAGAAUCGACCAACUUGUGGAUUCCACUUCUGGUAAUCAGCUGCUCAGCUUCAUGGAUGCUUACUCCGGCUAUAACCAAAUCUUGAUGCACGAGGAUGACAAGGCGAAAACUUCUUUCGUCAUCGAGAGAGGGACCUACUGCUACAAGGUCAUGUCCUUUGGGCGAACGCGAGAGCAACCUAUCAAAGGCUCGUGA